CAGUUUUUCUGAUGAUCACUACCACAUCUAAAAGCAUGGAUCCAGAGUUGGCAAAGAAGCUGUUCCACGAAGGAGCCACACUGGUUAUCCUCGAUGUGCCUCAAGGCACUGAGUUUGGAAUAGACUACAACUCUUGGACAGUUGGUCCCAAGUUCAAGGGAGUGAAGAUGAUUCCUCCAGGAUUUCACUUCGUUUUUUACAGUGUUGUGAGUAAAGAUAAAAAGGCUUCUCCACGCACAGGCUUCCUGCAUUUCUUCAAGCAAAAGGAACUGGUGGUACGUCGAUGGGACAAAAGUUUAGAGGUUAUUUCUAGUGAAGGUAUUCUUUCAGAAGACGAAGAUAGACUUCGUAUAAGCUUGAUGGAUCUUGACUCGUCUCUGGGAGCAUACCCUUAUGAGUCGCUGAAGAAGUGGGUUUCUUUGUCCAACUAUGUCACUGAAGAGAUUGUAGCAACAGUACGGCCACACAAUGGCUGUGUAUCCUCUGUCACUCAAGUACGGUCAGAUGACGUUCACUCUGAGAAACUACAGAAAGAGUCAACCCAGGAAAGUUCGAGUGAGCAGCUGUUUGCUGGUGUUGGUUACUUCACUGCAGAGAGCAUAAAUUCCACCGACAGUCAGAGCACGCCACAGUGCACACUUCAGGCAGAGCCAGAUUCAGUCUUAAGAUUCCACCUUGUUUCUACUAAGUAUCCAAAAGAUUCAACUCCAGCACAGAUUUCUCAUCAUUGUAUGGAUUUUUCGUUCACUCUUGAAGAAAUGCUGAAGCGUUAUUUUACAAGUGAGGAUGAAUUGCUUGGAGAACUGCAGUUGGCCUUCCUUUGUUUCCUACAAGGACAAGUGUAUGAUGCGUUUGAACACUGGAAGUCCCUGGUUCAGUUGCUCUGCUCUUGUGAGGAAGCAAUGAAAUGUCACCCUAAAUUUUUCUCAAACCUUAUAUCUGUUCUUCACUUUCAACUGAAGGAGAUCCCUAAAGAUUUUUUCGUGGACAUUGUAUCCAGAAAAAAUUUUCUGACGACCACAUUGCAGAUAUUCUUCUCAAUUUUGGAGGCUUCAAAUGGCAGCUUGGAUGCUAGUCUAGUCAAAAAAGGGCUGAAGUUUCAGGAUAGUCUUAACAAACAGUUUAAAUGGGAUUUUUCUGUUGAGCCAGACGAGUAUGCACCAACUGUUGUAGACUAACUGUUCGUUUUGUAUUUGCACCUGAAAUUUGAAAACCUUACUCACA